AUGGAGGAGGCUUCGGUCAAUUACGGCACACCUAUAAAUGGUGCAUCGCCGCACGGAAAUCCACUUCUCGCGCAGCCAUCUCUCCCCGAAGCCGUCAAUACUGGCCACCAGAAUGAAGAUGUGCAGAUGAGCGAAGGCCCAGAGCCCACGAUCAAGCAAGAUAGCACAACUCCCGCCCCUGGCGCGACGAUGGACAACCCCCUCGACGCGCCAGAAGGCCCUCCUGCUGAAUCUACUGCGCGCGAAGACGAGGAGAUGGGCGAUGCAGAGAAGCAGGAAGCGCCACAGGGUGGCGAAGGCGCAGGCGCAAAUGAUGCCGUGGCCGAGGUGAAGACAAAAGAAUUCAUGGAAAACGCCGCUCGGGAACACUUGAUUUCACAGACGCAUUCCAUCGUUCUUCCCAGCUAUAGCACCUGGUUCGACAUGAACACGAUCCACAACAUUGAGCGCAAGGCCCUGCCAGAGUUUUUCAACAACAGAAACCGGAGCAAGACCCCGGCAGUCUACAAGGACUACCGCGAUUUCAUGAUCAACGCCUACCGGUUGAACCCUAUUGAGUAUCUCACCGUGACAGCCUGCAGACGUAACCUGGCAGGCGAUGUCUGCGCCAUCAUGCGCGUUCACGCUUUCCUUGAACAAUGGGGCUUGAUCAACUACCAGGUUGAUACCGAUCAACGGCCGUCUCAUGUCGGCCCGCCUUUCACUGGACACUUCAAGAUCAUCUGCGACACACCUCGCGGGCUUCAGCCGUGGCAGCCAGUCGCAGACCCGGCCAUCUCUGAAGGGAAGCAGAGCAAGGACACAGAUGCCAAGGCUAGCACGACGCCGGCCCCCAAGAGCGAGCUCAAUUUGGAAGUUGGGCGCAACAUCUACGAGGCUAACGCCAAGAACAAUAAGCUCAACAAGACCGAGAGCAAACCGAAUGGCGAAACCCCGGCGACAAAUGGCGUGUCUGGAAUUGACGAACUGACUAAGACUCCGAUCGUCAAGGUAAACUGCUUCAACUGCGGAGUUGAUUGCACCCGAGUGUACUACCACAGCCCCCAGUCGGAUCUUAACUCGAAGGCCAAGUAUGAUCUGUGCCCGAGUUGCUUCCUGGAGGGCCGUCUCCCACAGAACCAGAGCACGGCACAUUAUACGCGGAUGGAAAACCCCACAUACUCUUCCAUUCUCGACCGUGACGCGCCCUGGAGCGACGCCGAGACGCUCAGGUUGCUCGAGGCUCUCGAGCGCUAUGAUGAUGACUGGGGUGAGAUCGCAGAGUUUGUCGGGACUCGGACACGCGAGGAAUGCGUUCUGCAGUUUCUGCAGCUCGAUAUCGAGGACAAGUAUCUCGAGUCUGAGACCCUCGUGGCCCCCGUCGGACUCCAAAUGCUUGGUCAGCAUGGUGGCCAGCUUCCCUUCAGCCAGGUUGACAACCCUGUAAUGUCGGUUGUGGGCUUCCUCGCCAGCCUCGCCGAUCCCGCAAGCACAGCCGCGGCUGCCAACAAGUCUGCUGAGCUUCUCAAGCGGAGCCUUCGGGAUAAACUCGAGGGUGGCUCUGGUGCGGACGAAGGGCAAACGAAUGGCAAGGGGAAGGAGAAGGAGAGCAGCGACUCGAUGGAGGUCGACAUCAGGCACGAAGUCACCACCACCACUACGACCACAACUAUUACAUCAACCAGCGCACUUGCCAGCAUCCCCCUGGCCACCAUCGGAGCGAGAGCCGGUGGCCUGGCGUCGCACGAGGAGCGCGAGAUGACACGGUUGGUGUCGGCGGCAGUGAACGUGACGCUGGAGAAGAUGGAGCUCAAGCUUAAAUAUUUCAACGAGAUGGAAUCGAUCCUGCAGGCCGAGAGGCGAGAGCUGGAGCGGGCGCGACAACAGUUGUUCUUGGACCGGCUCGCCUUCAAGCGGCGUGUGCGACAAGUACAAGACGGGCUCCGGUCGGCGGCGGCCGUGGGCGGCGAUCACGGCCUGAAGAUGGCACACGAGCUUAUGACGGAUGGCGACCGGAUGAGCUUUCAAGCGCCACCAGCGGUUGGAUCGGUGCAACCUCUCAGCGCCGAGGCGCCUACCAAGAGCUACGAGGCCUAG